GACUCCGCGAUUGUUUGUCGGAAAAAUACCAGUGUAGCCGAUCGUCUAUGGUCGCCGAUAGUAUAGCCAUCUCCUGUUAGUCUGGGGUGAGCUGGGGCGACGGAGACACCUGAUGCAGCUUGGCUGGGCUCAGGCGUCAGAGGCGAGCAAGCAGCGCGCGGAAGCAGCGGUGGCUACCCCCUGAACGCGUGGUAGCAGCUCGUAAGCAGCGGCGGCUAGGGCGUGAACGCGCGGGUGCAGUGCAAGCAGCGUGAGGAAGCAGCGGUGGCUAACCCCUGAACGCGCGGUUCAGAGCGAGCAGCGCGCGGAAGCAGCGGCGGCUAGGCCCUGAACGCGCGGAAGCGGAGCAAGCAGCGCGGAAGCUGAAGUAGUGCGCGGAAGGCAGGGCGCAUUCCGAGGCGCCUUGAAACGCGUGGCGGAAGGCGGAAGGCGCAACGCGCAGGGCGCAGGGCGCAAGGCGCAAGGCGCAGGGCGAAAGGCAGCAGAAGGCGAUGGCGGGGCGCGACGAUUUUGGAGGGCAGGAGGUAGAAGUGCUGCUGGUGACGCCCGGCAGCCAAGCAUGCGAGCUGGUGCGAGUGAGUGCCAGGCGGGAGGAGACAGCAGCGGGUUUGGCGCAGCAGGUGUUGAGGGACCAGGGCAUUGCGCUGGGAGAAGGGGGGGCUGCCUCUCUUGUGUUCAAUGGCGUGGAGCUGGACGAGCGCUCAACUCUGGACCAGUGCGGCAUUCGGUGUGCCUCGGGGCGGGAGAGCUGGGCGCCUCGCUUCCUCUUCCCCAACGCCUGGCACAUGCAGUCCGUGCCUAGGAAGCCGCCAGUCAAGGUAACCAACCCCACCUGGCCAGUGGCAAGGCACGGAGCGCCACCGCAGCCGCUGCCUUCCUCCGUGCUCUCGCUUCUCACCCUGCCCUUUGACUCCGUCCCUGUCUGGGCGCUCUUCCUCUGCCUCUUCAUUGCUGGUCUCUUUGCCCCGCUGUAACUCUCGCAGGGCCCAAAUUAGCCGGGUGAAAUGCCCUGAUUGCCCUGUUUUUUCCGGGUGUUUUUUGGCUUGGUCUUAAAAAUCAGACUCACAAAUAUUUUUAGGCUGAUCCAAAAAGUGUAGCGAAAUUUUAACCCUGACGAAAACAGAGUUGCGGGAACUGACACACUGAGUCUUCAGGAUCACACAAAUCAAGACCACUAUACCUUUUAACGGAGUUGAUUUUUAUUCAUGGAUAUUGGGCUGAGAAAAGCCCUUAGGAUCUUUCCAGAGACUAAGUUCCAGUUAUAAAAGGCUUGAGUUGUGCAGCGGAAGUUGAGGUAGUUGAACCCUUGUACUAGUAUAUGAGAACAAGUGAUUGAUUAAAGAAACAAGCAUACA